AACUACAGCGGCCCCAACAACAACCACAACAACCACAACAGCUGCCCCAACAACCACAACAACUGCCGCAACAACAACAACAGCUGCCCCAACAACAACAACCACAACAGCUGCCCCAACAACUACAACUGCAACCCCAACAACAACCACAACAGCUGCCCCAACAACAACCACAACAACUUCCCCAACCACAACAACCACAACAGCUGCACCAACAACUACAACUGCCCCCACAACAACAACUACAGCGGCCCCAACAACAACCACAACAACCACAACAGCUGCCCCAACUACAACCACAACAACUGCCCCAACAACAACAACCACAACUGCUGCCCCAACAACAACCACAACAACUGCCCCAACAACAACAAC